CAUAUAAACUGACCUACUCCGCACUUGCAAUUUUAACGUUCCAUCACCCCUCGUCCCCUGCACAAUUAUCGUCUAAGAGCAGAAUGCGUACUUCAGCUCUCCUUACACUCUUUUUCAGCUUCUUCUUGUUUAUUGAGUUGGCGUUUUCUAUUCCUUUAUCAACACCGGCCCUGCUUUAUACUCCUGGUACCCGCGAUAUUCUCGGUUCACAGAAUAAGCGCGUUAUGGACCCUGUAACUGGCACCAUCGGAAUGUUCCUCAGGAUGCUAGGCAGGCCGGGCUUGCAUGAAAUGCAAUUGGAGAUUGAUGACUACUGUUCCAAAUUUCCGUGUCCCACACCAAGAGGGACAUCCGAAAUUUAAUAUUUAUACCAGCCAGCAGGAGUUGUCUUUGCGGCUUUGCGAGACUUUCAAUUGUAUACCCCCCGGAUUGUUGUACCUCUGGUGCAGGCAUGCUAUGUUUCAGUCCAUUUGUUAUUAUUGUUGCAACAUUUCAACUUAUUUGCGAGUA